AUGAUUCAUCUCGGAAAAAACGAUCUCUCCCUCCAUCCAUGGAAGAAAUUGCAAAGAAAGAAGAAUAAGGAUAUUGAAGAAGAAGAAAAACCUGUGUUUGUUCCAAAGAAGGAACGGAAAAUGGAUAUCACUUUGAGAAUGCAAAAUGAAAAACCCAAUCAGGACUCAUCGGAAGACGAUCAUGCUCAAUCUUUCAAAAAUUUAGCAACUAUUAAUAUUGUAGAUCCAUUGGAAUUAAUCGAUAAAAAAGAAAUUGAAGACAUUAAAUCGGAAUAUAUGGAGAAAAAAGCAGCUAGGAGAAGAAAACAACGAACCAAUGAAAAAACUAAAAUAUCUUUUGAAUGGGAUGAAAAAGAUGACACUACUGACAAGACAAGUAUUAUCAACACAAUUUCAUCUUCAGCUAAUGCAUCCAAAAAGCCAACACCAAAGAAGACCAAGGAGGAGGAUGAACGAAAUUGGAGAGAAAAGAAGAUUCACGAGAUGACUGACAGAGAUUGGAGAAUUUUCAGAGAAGAUUUUGAUAUUGUGGUAAAAGGAGGAAAAGUACCAAAUCCAAUUCGUAGCUGGGAAGAGACAACGCUGUUGCCACUUGAAAUUUUGAAUGCAUUGACAGAUCUUAAAUUUUCGGAGCCAACUCCUGUACAAAUGCAAUGUAUUCCUAUUGCCAUGGCAGGCCUUGAUCUUGUUGGUUUAGCCCAAACUGGUUCAGGUAAAACCGCAGCUUAUAUCAUUCCAUUACUGUGUCAAAUCGCAAAAUAUCCAAGAUUAGAUGAUGUUCGAAGUAAGGAUGGACCUUAUGGCCUCAUUCUUGUUCCAGCACGUGAAUUGGCAGAACAAAUUGAAAAAGAGGCAAACAAAUUUGCCAGACAAUUUGAUUUCAGAGUACGAGCGAUAAUUGGUGGUGUCAGUAUUGAAAAACAAAGUAGAUUAAUGAGAGAGGGUUGUGAAAUUCUAGUUGCUACACCCGGUCGUCUCAUUGACUGUCUCAACAAUAGUAUUAUUGUUUUGAAUCAGUGUCAUCACGUAGUGCUGGAUGAAGCUGACAAAAUGAUUGAAAUGAAUUUUGAAAAAGAUGUAAAUACCAUAUUGGACACCAUUCCACCAAAUAUUAGCAGACAAACAUUACUUUUCAGUGCGACCAUGCCACCUCAAGUAGAAAACAUUGCAACAAAGUAUCUGAAGAGACGAGUGACAGUUGCCAUUGGUGAGGUUGGUCAGGCAGUUGAACGUAUUGAGCAAGAAGUUGUUUGGGCAAAGAGCGACCAUUCUAAAAGAAAUCUCCUUGUUGAAAUUCUCUCUGAGGCUGAACCUCCAAUCAUUAUAUUUUGCAAUCUCAAGAAGGAAGUUGAUGCUCUUGCUUCAUUUAUUGCCAAUGUUGGAUUCAAAGUUACCACAUUGCAUGGUAGCAAAACUCAAGAUCAACGUAACAAAUCUCUGGAGGCCUUCAAAUCAGGUAAAUUUGAUAUCAUGAUUGCCACCGAUGUGUUGGGAAGAGGUAUUCACAUUAGUGGAGUAACACUUGUCAUCAAUUACUCACUACCAAAAACGAUUGAUACCUACACUCACAGAAUUGGUAGAACAGGUCGUGCAGGUCGAACUGGUAAAGCCAUUUCAUUUCUUACCAAUGAAGAUACUGAAAUCAUGUAUCCUCUGAAGAAAAUGUUGGAAGACACCAAGAAUAUGGUACCUGAUGAAUUGGCCAAGCAUCCACUCGCUGCUCAAAAACCGGAAAAGAAAAAAGGAGGUGAUCAACAACGAGGUGGAGCAUCAUCUUCAGCCGGUGAAGAUGUUUACAUGCAACAACAAGAUGAGGAUCAAGUCAUGCAAGAAUAG